GCCUCUAGGGCCGCGCGUGCGCCACGGAGGCGGGGACGGCGCGGCACAGGCGGACGGGGUGGAAGCGCAGAGGCAGAGCGCAGUCAAAGGACGAUGACGGCCCGGAGCGGCAGCGGGACUUAGAGGAGACGAAGAAGAAGAAGAGCGCGACCCGAACCCGCAGCUGCAGCUCGAACCCGCACAAACGCCGCGACGGAAACAUGCGAGCUGACGGAGCCGCGUCCGCCCGUGGCUCACCCGUGCCUUCGCGAACACCUUCUGGGAGUUCGCACGUCCCCGCGCGUCGAUGAGGAGCCCGCGUUCCGGACGCGGACGAGGAGUUUGGAUGCGCGUCGUGUAGCAUGUCGCGCGACGGAGAGCAAUUUGUUUUCAACCGAGACGCCGAGCGACCGGGAGCGACCCCGCGGAUGUAGCCUGGAGGGCGACGCGCAACACGGAACCCGUCAGAGUGCUCCCGCCGCCGUCCUACUGUUGGCUCUGCCUCGCGCGCGCGUGUGACGCGAGGAUGCAGGUGAAGAAGCAGCGGGACUCGGACCGGAGCGGCGGGGACAUGCUGGAAGGAGACGGCCUCCGCAAAAACUCCUCGUGCUUCUCAAAUAUCAAGAUAUUCCUGAUAUCGGAAUGCGCCCUCAUGCUGGCGCAGGGCACCGUGGGAGCGUACCUGGUGAGUGUGCUGACGACCCUGGAGAGGCGCUUCAACCUGCAGAGCGCCGACGUCGGCGUGAUCGCCAGCAGCUUCGAGAUCGGCAACCUGGCGCUGAUCCUGUUCGUCAGCUACUUCGGGGCCAAGGCGCAUCGGCCGCGCCUGAUAGGCUGCGGGGGCAUCGUCAUGGCGCUCGGCGCCCUCCUCUCCGCUCUCCCGGAGUUCCUGACCAAUCAGUACGAGUUCGACGAGCUGUGGAGGACCGACGUCGGCCGCGACGUCUGCUCCAACACCAGCAGCCUGGAGGCCCAGCGGGCUGAGGACAAUGUGUGCGCCAACAGGGCCAACACCAACAUGAUGUACCUGCUGCUGAUCGGAGCCCAGGUCCUGCUGGGCAUCGGGGCCACGCCGGUGCAGCCUCUCGGGGUGUCCUAUAUCGAUGACCACGUGAAGAAGAAAGACUCCUCUCUCUAUAUAGGAAUCCUCUUCUCCACCCUGGUGUUCGGUCCUGCCUGCGGCUUCAUCCUUGGCUCCAUCUGCACUAAAUUCUACGUGGACGCGAUCUUUAUUGAAACCAGUAAGCUGAACAUCACUCCAGACGACCCGCGCUGGAUCGGGGCCUGGUGGGCGGGUUUCCUCCUGUGCGGCGCCUUGCUCUUCUUCUCUGCGCUCCUGAUGUUCGGCUUCCCCCAGUCGCUGCCCACCAAGGCGAAGGAGGAGGGGCCAGACAGUGAGCAGGUCAUGCUGCCUCCCUCUCUCAAUACAGACUGCGAGGCUCCAAAGCCCAGCAACGGAGUGGCGUGCAGCCGCGAGCCUGCCAACAGCGCCACCUGCUGCCAGCAGCUCCGGGUGAUCCCCAAGGUGACCAAGCACCUGCUGUCCAACCCGGUGUUCACCUGCAUCAUCCUGGCCGCCUGCAUGGAGAUCGCCGUCGUGGCCGGCUUCGCGGCGUUCCUGGGGAAAUAUCUGGAGCAGCAGUUCAACCUCACCACCACCUCGGCGAACCAGCUGUUAGGUAUGACGGCCAUUCCCUGCGCCUGUCUGGGGAUCUUCAUGGGCGGCCUGCUGGUGAAGAAGCUGAACCUGUCGGCGCUGGGCGCGAUCCGCAUGGCCAUGCUGGUCAACCUGAUCUCCACCGCCUGCUACGUCUCCUUUCUCUUCCUGGGCUGCGACACGGGUCCUGUCGCCGGAGUGACGGUCCCGUAUGGCAACGAGACGCUUCGGGUGGGCGAGAAGCCGGAGGCUGCGUGCGUCAGUCACUGCAACUGCUUCACCUCCUCCAUCAGCCCCGUCUGCGGCGCCGACGGCGUCACCUACCUGUCGGCCUGCUUCGCCGGCUGCACCCGAACAGGAAGCACUACGACCGUGUCAAGCAUCUCUCAGAACCUGACAGCAUGUGCUUGUAUAUCCACGGAGAACUCGCCUCCCACAGCUGUUCCUGGAAAGUGCCCGAUGCCGGGCUGCCAGGAGGUUUUCCUCAUCUUCCUGUGUAUGAUCUGUGCCUGCAGCCUGGUGGGAGCCAUGGCCCAGACGCCCUCCGUCAUCGUCCUCAUCAGGACCGUAAGCCCCGAGCUGAAAUCAUACGCACUCGGAGUCUUGUUUCUUCUGCUGCGACUUCUCGGAUUCAUCCCUCCUCCUCUCAUCUUCGGUGCUGGGAUCGACUCCACUUGCCUUUUCUGGAGUUCCGACUGCGGCGAGAAAGGCGCCUGUCUGCUGUACGACAACGUCACCUACAGGCAUCUUUACGUGGGCCUCGCCAUCAUCCUCAAGGGUGUCGCCUUCCUGCUGUACGCCACCACGUGGUAUUGCUUACGCAGGAACUACAAGAAGUACAUCAAAGGGCAUGAGGACAAUCUGACGCCGAGUCAGUUUUACCCGUCUCUCACGGACGGCCCGAAACUAGACCGGACAAAGUUCAUAUAUAACCUAGAGGACCACGAGUUCUGUGAAAAUAUGGAGUCAGUUUUAUAGUUUGUGGCACAUGAAGUGGACGACGUGGACGCUUGCAUUCUCGGAGCAGAGUAUUUUAUAACUUAGUUUUGUUCUGGAAAGGAUGAAACACACGCUCUUGACAAAGGCGACCUAUUUAAAGACCCGUUCCGGUCACGUAUGCGUCGCGCUCACCUGCACUUCCUUCCACAUCCUCUGCAAACUCUCGGGUCCAUUUUAGUCAUUUGCGUAUCAGCGAGGUGUUGUCCAGUGUUGCCGGUGAAUUCCUGUGUUGACUUGGUGGUAGAAGAACUCUACAGUACUGUCUGGAUCAGUCCUAGUGGAUCAUUGGUGCGUGGACUUGAUGCUACUACAACUAUAGUUGCCAUAUUUAGGCCUGGUUCCAGAGCUGUGUGUCUGUCAGUCAGUGCACUGUGUGUUCUGUCUGUCGCUCUCAGAAAUGAGAUUCCUAUGAUGAUAAGCACCAUUCAGUUGGUUCUUUGUAUUUAAAAGUUGCCAAGUGUUUACAGACUUUAGUUCAUGUAUUACAAUGUGCAGGAAGGUGGUUUUUAGAAGAGAACAGAAAGGACCUGACUGCUGUUACGACGGCAGCCUAUUAGGAGCAAAUCCGGUCCAGCGACUUCGAACACGCCAGUGACUUCGCGUCAUCUCACACCGUUUGGUUCCUUGUUCUGCUGCUGGAGCGUCGGCACUUUUGAGUCCCGACUCAUAGGUGCAAAUGUGCAAUUCACGUCUGUGAUGUGUUCAUCACUAGUCUCGUGUCCUGCUGCAGGUCUGCGUCUUAUCGUAGCAGGUUGUUUCCGUGUUUGCUUUUCAAUCUGCAUAUGUCCUAAUAUAUGUCCUAAUGAGGGAUUAUUCGAAUAAGAAUGUUAAUUAUAUUUUCUUCUGUCUCUGACACCUCUAGUGAAAAAGAGGAAAAAAAAUCCAGUCAUAUUUUUGCGUGUUUUGAAGUUCAAGUAAAAUAUAUCAGAAGCAAUACUUGUGUUACUAGGCCCAGGAUGUUUUAUUAGACUGUGUUUGCAAAGAGGGUUUAAAUUUAUAUUUGAUCUAACUGUAUGAGAAGUGUGUGUCUGACGUCACGAAAGACUUGGGGCAGUUCAUAGUAUUCAGAGUAUGUUGUAUAUGGGGUGAACCCAAGUCACAGUCUGUAUCUUGAGGCUACAUCUGUCCUGUUUGGGGUCAUGGUUGCAGAAAUGCUACAGGAAGCUGCUUGUGCGAGGUCCGACAACGUAAACAACACUGAAUUUCUACGACCUGUGGCCGCGCUGAUCUCUCUGCAGUCACGGUUUUCACGUCCCUUUUCUUACACUUUUUGUAUGGCAACACAUCAUUUAUUUUAUUCUGGAAAUAAAUUUUUUUCAUAAAUAAACUCAGACAA